AUGAAAGAAUAUUGCAAUGGAGCUUUACAAGCGUGCAGAACUCUGCUAUAUGUUUUCUCUCAAAAUUUGGAUCUUCCUCCCAAAUAUCUGGAAGAAUCUUUUGCAGGUGAAGAAGAUAUUGGCAUAUGUGUGAGGGUAAACUACUAUCCAGUAUGCCCACAACCAGACCUCACAUUUGGUAUCUCGCCUCACUCAGACGCUGGCGGCAUUACCAUUCUUCUGCAGAAUGAUGUUUCAGGUGAUAUAUUAACAAAUGGCAUCUACAAAAGUGUGGAACACAGGAGUAUUGUGAACGAUACCAAGGAACGUAUGUCAAUAGUAAUUUUCUGUAAUCCAAGUGGAGACAAGAAAGUUGGGCCUGCCAAAGACCUGAUAGAUUCUUCCAAUCCAGUAAAGUACAAAUGUAUGACGUUCAUUGAGUACCACGGUCCGUAA